GAAGCUGUUAAGAAUGUGGGUGGGAUCAGAUUGAAGGAGAGUUUAAGGGAGAGACAGCGUUCCUGCUUCAACAGUGAUUGAACGGAACCUUCAUUCCCAAGUACUUUUUCCGUCCACAUACACAUAGCAUCCUCAUAUUCUGCUUUAUCACCAUCGCAAUGAGCUCCCAGGUCCGACAGAAUUACCAUCCUGACUGUGAGGCCGCCAUCAGCCGCCAGAUCAACCUGGAGCUGUACGCGUCUUAUGUUUACCUCUCCAUGUCCUUCUACUUUGAUCGAGAUGACAUUGCAUUGAAGAAUUUUGCAAAAUUCUUUCUUGAGCAAUCUCAUGAAGAGCGUGAACAUGCUGAGAAACUCAUGAAACUACAAAACCAGCGAGGAGGGCGCAUCUUACUCCAGGAUAUCAAGAAACCCGAUCGUGAUGAAUGGGGAAGUGGCUUGGAUGCAAUGGUGUGCUCUUUGGAGCUGGAAAAGAGUGUAAACCAGUCGCUUUUAGAAUUGCAUAAACUGGCUACAGACAGGAAUGACCCACAUCUCUGUGACUUCCUGGAGACCCACUACCUGGAUGAACAGGUCAAGUCUAUCAAGCUAUUAGGAGACCAUGUAACCAACCUGCGGAGAAUGGGCGCUCCUGAAAGUGGAAUGGCUGAGUACUUAUUUGACAAGCACACUUUGGGUAAAGACAGCAGCUGAACACCUGAACUGUCUAUCCCUUGCUGCUUGACUCUGAAAAGCUCAGUGCAUGUUUAACUUAUAUUUGUAGCCUGUCCAGUUUUCACACCAUCCAAUUAUGUAAUUGAUUACCACCAUAAACUUGAAUGGGUUUGAUUAAGCUAAUAUUGGUGGAUUAUUGAAGUGUACUUGUAGAAAAUGUUCUUUGGCUUAUCUCCAAAUAAAGCAACUUGAACAGGAAA